AUGAUCAUGACGAUGGUGCCCGAGAAUAUGAAGAAGCCGUACGAGUUCGAGCUGUUCCACGAAUCAACGAGGGACCCGAUGGACCUCUACACGUGGGGGAACGACUUCUUCCGUCCCCUCAUCGAGCUGGACAACUCGAGGCUCGAGGGCAAGGAGAACUUGGAGAAGAUCGCCGAGUACCUGGCCAAGGGAGAGAACGUCUUUCUCAUGUCGAACCACCAGACGGAAGCCGAUCCCCAGGUGAUCAGCCUCCUGAUGGAGCGUGAGGGGUACGGGGACGAGGCGUCGCGACUGAUCAACGUGGCGGGGCACCGCGUGACCACGGACCCGUUGGCGAUCCCCUUCAGCAUGGGCAGGAACCUUUUCUGCAUUUUCUCCAAGAAGUACAUGGAGACUCCCCCGGAACUCAAGGGCGAGAAGCAGAAGCACAACGUCCGUACAUUGAAAAAGAUGGCGGAGAUGAUGGUCAACAAGGAGCUCGGCGAGCGGCGGCAGGCCGACAGGGGUCCCGCAAGCGUCGCCUUCGGGGAAGAGGUGCUGCCGCCGCCCGGGGAAACCUUGAAGAAGGCGGAGUUCAUCGCGAUCAUGGAGGAGAGGGUUCAGGCGGAAUACGCCAAGCUCGACGAAUUCCACGAGUCCAAGCAAAAAUGAUCGAGGGUUGGAUUCGGUUUACACGGGUUGGGUUGGACGUCGUCUCUCAUCACGAGGCGGGUUGACCCUUCUCAGGAACAUAUAAACUUCAUGUUCCCGCUUGGUAUGGUUGAUGUGGGCGGCGGUUGUGGCCGAUUGUAGGUGUGUUGGCUGCUGAUCAGCGUGCUGGGUUCGUUUUAUUUUUUCGCAGCGCAAAACGGAGGCGGGAGCUAAUGCCACCCCAUGAGGUGUCCGCUGUGUAUAGAGAGGCCCGAUGCCGUCUGACCGUGGGCAGGGGGAGGCAGGGAAGCGGCGCAUCUAUCUGCAGGCUUAGUUCGACCCGAUGGGGAAAAAGAUGCACGCGUUGCUGUUUGCUCCAGCUGUUUUGAGAGGCUUGUGCCCGGAGCGGCAACCUUCGUCAUGCGCGCGUGGGAGCGGUGACAUGCCUGCGGCGUUUUUAUUUAUGAAGGCCCAGGUUAUGUUCGUUUAGAGCGUAUGUAGAUGUUGACGCAGGCAUGGUGUCGUCCCGCAGCUGUACUAGCGCCGGCAGGUGCCCUGGCUUAGAAUAUGUAGGUAAACCGGCACUAGAGAGAGGCAGUACUGACGAAACUGGACAUUUCCGACCCUCCCUGUGCUGAGCGAUUUCAUGGGCACUAUGCCGCUGCUGUACUGGGCUGUGGUAUUUUUGACCCGACAGCUACAACUAUUAUUGCGGGCCCACAAGUC